AUGGCAUACUAUUACUAUUAUCAAACACCACCCGACCCACUAUCACCUGUACCAACCACUGAAGAAUUAACACCACCUCAGCCACCCUUACUAAUGCUGUCUUCUCCAUCGCAACAACAGCAAUUGAAUAUACCACUUCUCACACCUGUUCAUCCAUCGGUAACAACAUCAAUGCCAUUGUUGACGACAACUACUACUACUACUAUAGAAAAUAAUGAACAGCAGCAGCUACCCACACCAAAUACAUUUAUUAGGCAUUGCGAUGACAUGGGUUUAUUUCACGAUUUACAAAACAUUGUAGUAAUGUCUUCAUUAACUGGACCAUCAGGGGAUACAACUAUUACUACAGUUCCUGCUUCUACUGCUGCAACAAUAGUUACCACAACAUCAACCGGACAACCUACUUCUUCAAAUUUAUUUGACUCGUCGUCAACAGCAAUUGUGACAACCAUGAUGAUGGCCAAUCCGUUUGACGAAACAUUUAAACAAGCAGUAUUGCAACAACAAAAGAAUGAAGUUAAUUCAUCAGAAAAUAUUUUCAAUCACAACAAUAACAAUGAUGGUGAUUUAAACACCCCAUUCAUAGCGACAACUACUGUUGUUAAUACGUCCAAUAACAACACUACUUUGAAGACUUCAAUGUCAGUGGAUGUGAUUUCUACAGCUGCAGUAGUUGAAUCUAAUAAGAUGAAUAUGACAACUGUGCCUCAAUCACCACAGCAAAAUAUAUACAUAACGUCUACAGCAGAAGCACCAACUAGAGGUGUUUUAGUUAUGAUGGUAGAGCAUCCACAAGAGCAAUCAGGUAAUUCAAUUCUCCCUUUACAGCCUGAAGAACAACAACAAAUUAUCCAACAGCAUCAGUUCAUUGUUCCAACAACUACAACCACAACUAGUGUCAUUGAUACAACAACAAUAACACACCAUGAUCAAGAAUUGUAUGAUGAAGAAGUCAAUGAUGAAAACGGUGGUAUAAUCAUCAAUGUUAGAAAUGAUACAACUACAAUUAAACAGGCUUUAAAACAGAAUCUAUUGGUAAAGCAACUGCUACAGAGGCGGCAGAAGCCUCCACUUAUUUCUGAAAACCAUCACGAGCUCGGUCAACUACUGCAGCAUCAGAAUAACGACAAUAACAUUGAUUUUGUUGUCACAGAAUCCAAUAAACUAGAACAUGAAGAAAAUAGUUUCAAUGGCCUAGAAGACGAAGACCACAACAGUCGAAAGCAGCAACUGAAACAGAAACGAAAACAAGAAAUGUUAGAAAGGAACAGGACAGCCGCCAAACGGUGCAGAAUAAAGCGAAAGCAGAGGUGGGAGCUGCUUUCAGAAGAGAAUCGUAAGCUGAAAAUUGAAAAUGGCCGAUUGCGUGAUGCUCUUUCAAAACUUGUGAACCAUAGAUGCAGUAACUUACAGCAAAAUCAAAUAGAACAGCCAGAGGCAGUACAAGAAAUAUUUAAACAUAGUGAUGAUGUUUAAAACCAUGAUGUUGUUGUUCUAAUAUUGGUGCCUAAAUAAGUAAUAUUUACUUUAUAUAAUAUUGUUACUGGGGCUUUGAAGUUGUAGGAGUUGUAUAUUUUUUCAAGUGCUUUUGAUUUAUAAAAGAUCAAGCUAGAAAUUCAUUCUAUGAUGGUGAGAUUAUUAACAAUUUUGUAUGCAUUUAGGAUCUAUACAAUUUUUUUCUGGUAGCUAUUUUUUUACACUUAUUAGUUAUCAAAGAUUUUUAUUUUUCUAAUGGUUUCUCCAAAUUAGUAAAAACAAACUGUUCCACUACAACAAAACAGUUUGUUAAUGCCAUGUCUUUGCUAUAUGUUUCUAUGACUUAUUUUUAUUUUCUUAGGGACUGAUUUUUAUUACAUUUCAAUGGUAUUUUAGUUUUUUUAAUAAAAUAAAUAAUAUGGUAUAUACUAUAUACUAUUGUAGUAGUAUACUACCUGCUAUUAUGUAACUAAUGAUUAAUAUUUUUUUUUCGACCUUCUAACUUUUAUAUGCGUGCAUAUUUUACUUUUAUAACUUCUAAGUCCUAAUUAUUACUAUAUACUAUAUAGAUUAUUACUACUAUUAUACAAGCUGGCAGUUAACCUUUGUAUGUUUUAAGAUUUACAGUGGUCUCUGCUUAUUGGACUUAUGGUUAAUUGGCUCAUUCACUUAAUAGACUCAA